AAGCAAAUUGGCAGUUCGUUGGUCGCCUAUCACAAGAGAAGGGUCCUUAAACUGACGACUGGGAAGGAAAAUGGCGGCCUCCGUUCUUUGCAGGAGGUUGGCGUUGCCUGGGGUUUUUAGAGGGAUUUCCGCUACUAACUCUUUAAAUCCUGGUACACCACUAUGUGGGUCCUUAUUACAGAUUGCAAACUACAAUCCAAAGCCUCUAAAACUAAAUAUCAAGGACCCUUACAUCCCUGACAAAGGGAGCGAGAAGACCCCUGAAUGGCAAAAGACAACCAAGUAUGACCGCAAGCUGUUCGGACGGUACGGUUCGGCCUCUGGCGUUGAUAUGGCAAAACUGUGGCCCGGUCCGGAUGAGUUGGAAGCGUUGAUUGCUGAGGAGAAAGAAUGGCACCCACCUCUGGAGCAGAUUCUGUCAAACGUCACCGCAAAGGAAAAUGAGAAGGCGAAGAAACGUCUGGCCAGAGAAAAGCUGAUUGCCACUAAUAUGGCAAACAUGCCCAAGAUGGUGGCGGAUUGGCGACGGGAAUCACGCGAAGAAAAACUGAAGAAGAAAGAGGAGAAAGCCCGACGGGACCUGUUGCUCGCUGAGGCUAGAGCGCGUUACGGCUACGCACUGGACCCACGCAGUGCCAAAUUCCAGGAAAUGUUGAAGGAAAUCGAAAAGGAAGAAGCAAAGAAAAGAAAACUACUAAAACGUCGGAAGAGAGAAGAGGAACGGGCUUCAGCGGCUGGCCCCGAUGCUCCUACUGCCGUCCCCAAUAGCUAGCUAUGCAACUGUGUGCGCUAGCGGGCUAUUGAUGUUAAUAUAUGAUUGAGUUGACUUCCGACGGGUUUUGUAUAUAGAGAACUUUGACAUGUUUCCUAAUAUAAAAGUAAUUAUAUUCGCCUUUUUUUUUCAACAGCUCUCAGUUAAAAUACACUUGCUUGUAGUCAGGGUUGUCCAUACUGUUGUUAAUCCCCAGGGUAAUGUCAUGUGGUUCAGUGUUUUUCAAUCCCGGUCCUGGAAACCCACUGUGUCUGCUGGUUUUUUUUUUUAGUAAAAACCAUAGUUUAUUUCAGCAACCUUAACUGAUCCCUUGGAGAAACCCAGAUCCUUACUUCAUGAGUGUCAAACCCCUGUCCGGUAGAGCCACAACUGCCGAGUGGUUUUAGGCGUGUUUCAGCCGGAGUGAUUAAGUAACUGAUUGGCUGAAGCACGCGUGGAUAACUCUAGUCCUGGAGGACUGGGCUGUGUGAUGGUUUUGUUCCAAACACAUAGCUUAAUUUUUCUGGCAGAUCUAUAAACUAUGAGUGCAGUGAAAUCUUCAGGAUGCCUUUGCCGUCUACAGCUGUAGUUGGUGCUUAUACAACUGUCAGAUCCAGAUACGAUUUAACUAAUCAAAUAAAGAGUGGAACUUCGCACCCUUGA